GCAGACGACUACCCAAAGGAAGCCCAGCAACAAUUGCGUUUGCCUCGAUGUGCCGUUGGCCAAUUCAAGCGCUGGGCAGCAAGCGCAUAAGUUCACAGAUGUGUUUGUAAAAGUUGCAAAGUGAAAAAAUGUCGUUCAUUCACGCCAGUGUUCCUGAUUGAACGAAACUCUCUGAUAACGACGGUGCCAUAUCAUACUUCAUAGCUUCGCGUUCGGCGAGGCGAGCCAGUGCAUAGCGGAAGUGCCACCGCUGCAGUGAGUAUAGUGCAAAUUGGGUAUCGCAGCAGUGGCACAUUCGAUGCGAAAAUGACCUUUAGCCGUGUUCGCUUGUCCUUUCUAACAAUAUGGAAUAUCUUUCUGAUCCUACCAAUGGCGACGACCGACAAUGACUAUAUUUCAGGUUAUCGUCGACGUCUGCAUCCCAUGUCUCCGGUUUCGUGGACACCAAAAGACGGUCACGAUACGGCUGAUAAUUUAGUGAAAACGAUCAACAUUUUAAUCGAGCAACAGGCAAGGCGACGGUUUUUGGAACAUUUGCAACGGCUGCACACGCCUGGUAGCAAAAGUAUUCCUGUACCGUCAUACCGCGGUCCCGAUGAGAUAUCGGAGGAAUAUCGACCAACGUACACGUAUCAGCUGCCAUUCAACAACCAGAUCGAUUCGGGCGAGCCCAUCAAUUUUGCUGUAGGUCCCAGUGAUCCUAGAUUCUACGAUCAGUCCGACGGAUCGCUUUUCUAUGACAGCUCUUCUGAACCGCUCGGUGCCGGUGCAGACGAUGGCAUGAAAGCACUCGCUUCCGAAGGAGAAGAUACGCUCGGUGAAGAACCAAUACAGGAAUACCGUCAUCCACCGCCACCGCCGCCGAUUCGGGCCAAAGUAGGCAAAGGGCUCCAUCACACCCGCAACCUAACCGGCUCGGCCGGCAAUGGUCCUUUGAAUCGCAGCAGCAACUCCAACGGCGUCGUGCAACAGCCAAUCGAACUCGGGAACGGACUUGGCAUGUAUUUGAUCGCGUUAAUUGCCGGGGUCAGUGCUGCCAUUUCCGCGGCUCUGAUUUCGAUCGGUUUUGGAUGGUACUCGCUUCACAAACGUACCAAGGCGGCUGCUGAUGUUGAGUAUCCGGCGUACGGUGUGACUGGACCGAAUCGCGACUCAUCGCCGGCUGUCGCUGGUGACCGGAAGCUGGCGCAGAAUGCUCAAAUGUACCAUUAUCAGCACCAGAAGCAGCAGAUCAUUGCUAUGGAAAACACGACGCGCAGUUCUAUUCACUCCGAACUGCCGAGCGAGGAUGAGAAUGAGGAGGGCGACUACACCGUUUACGAAUGUCCUGGCCUAGCACCGACUGGUGAAAUGGAAGUAAAGAAUCCUCUCUUCCUAGAGGAGGGUCCGGUAAGUGGGGCACCUUUGCAGUCAUCAAAUCCUGACGAUGGACCUGCGGCUGGCAUGAAAUAUAUUGAAAAAGCUGUUCAGCCGCAAUCACACAACUCCAAAAAAUCGGGCACAUAAAGGAUUGUCUUUCAUUACUUCUGUCUACAAAGCCGAAUGAAUUCACAUUCACAGCCUCUCAGAAGUUCUGCGAAACACUCGGAACAAUCAGAUAAAAAGUGCAGUAAAAUGUUGUUGUAUUAUUGUUUCGUUUAAUUCCACAUCAAGUAUAGUCAUCAAACUUUAAGAGGUCUUGCGAUCUGUUUCGGCGAAGACGUUUAUCAAUACAACCCCAAUCCGUUCCAAACUGUCCUUACAAUGUAGCUGGACCAGUAGGUCAACGUAAAGUUUCAUAUCCAUACCAUUCCAGCCACAUAGUGCUCAUUUUCCUAAAGUUUUCGCUUUCUAAAUUCACAUUAUUCUCUAUCCAUAAGCGAGUAAGCAGCGAGGGGACGUGAACAUUUAGGGGGAAGUGACGGUAUACAUACAAAUAACUACUGAUAAAAUUCAUAUAAAUAUAUUUAUAAAUAUACACUUUCACAAACACACAUAUGAAUGUUGACGUAAUUAUAUCAGAUCAGAGGUUUUAUUCUUGCUAUGCAUUGUGCAAUUAUGAGAGAGAACUGAACACUAAGAAUUUCCAAAAACUGUUGCAAUUGAAGAGGAUAUAGUCAAAUCAACAGUCGAAUAUUGUGCGUAGAAGAAAGCGAAACCCGUUACGUGAGUGUGAUAGAGGUGGUCUGUGAAAGGAACAGUUAUAAACUAAUAUAGAGUGUUGUGCGAUUAAAAGGGCCGAUAAUAUAUAGCCGAUGGGAAAAGGCGCCGCAAGCUAUACACCAUCCUGAGCGUGCAUAUAAACAACAAAAGUACGUAGAUUGUCUAAUGAAAACAUACCUAAUGACCGUGUAAUAACAACUCAUAAGAUGAGGAAGGCAGCUAGUUAACGGAAGACGCCAUUUUAUCCAUCCUUCUACCUUCUAUUCUUCUACAUUUGAGGUUUAGUUUAAAAACUUGAUACACUAACAGACAGAGGAACAACAAGCCUAACCUGCGGUGUUUUUUCGGCGGUGCCAUAGACUAGCAAAUGCAGGACAAUGUAUUUGAUAAACUUGUGUACUUCUUGAAAAUUGUAUGAAAAACAUAAUAAA